AUGGCCCCAGACCUCAAUUCCGUCCCUCCCUCUCCUCGAAAGGUGCCCGUCGCCUCUGUGGCAUCCCCUUCUGCGCCUUCGGCAAAGCAGCCCAACAUCCUUUACAUCAUGGCCGACCAGCUCGCCGCCCCCCUUCUCAAAAUGCACAAUCCUGCCUCGCAAAUCAAGACUCCAAAUCUCGACGCCCUCGCUGCCAGUGGUGUCGUCUUCGAUUCAGCAUACUGUCCUUCGCCUCUCUGCGCCCCCUCCCGCAUGUCCAUGGUGUCCGGUCAACUCCCCACCAAGAUCGGCUCUUACGACAAUGCCUGCUCGAUUGAUUCCGGUAUUCCUACGUAUGCCCAUUAUCUGCGCGCGGCGGGCUACGAGACGACGUUAGCGGGUAAGAUGCACUUUAUUGGGGAGCAGCUGCACGGCUAUGAGAGCCGGUUGACCAGCGAUAUCUAUCCUGGGGACUAUGGAUGGGCCGUCAAUUGGGAGGAGCCGGAUAGACGCUUGGAGUGGUAUCACAAUGCAAGUUCGAUUGAACAGGCUGGGCCGUGUGUGAGGAGCAACCAGCUGGAUUACGAUGAGGAGGUCAUGUACCGAUCCAAGCAAUUUCUUUAUGACCACGUCCGCAAAGGACCAAAUACCCGCCCCUUCUGUAUGACCGUCUCCCUCACCCACCCCCACGACCCCUACACCAUUGAAAAGAAGUACUGGGACAUGUACGCGGACGUAGACAUCCCCCUACCCGACGUCUCAAUCCCGCAAGAAGAGCUAGACACGCACUCUCAGCGCCUGCUCAAAGUCUGCGACCUUUGGGGCAAGAAGUUCACUCCCGAUCAGAUCAAGCGAGCCAGACGUGCGUACUUCGGCGCCGUCAGUUAUGUAGAUGACUGCAUAGGCAAGCUUCUAGAGACUUUGAAGGAAUGCCGCUUAGAUGAAAACACCAUCGUCGUGUUCAGCGGAGACCAUGGUGACAUGCUGGGAGAGCGUGGCUUAUGGUACAAGAUGUCGUAUUUCGAGGCGUCAGUCCGCGUUCCUAUGAUCAUCAACCACCCCGGCCUGUUCGCGCCCCACCACGUCUCUGCUAAUGUGUCUACGCUGGACAUUCUCCCAACGCUUGUCGAUCUCGCGCACACUAAACUCUGGUCUGGCUUGCCAAUGGACGGUACCUCUCUGCUUCCACAUCUGGAGAAUAGACCAGGAGGCAGCGAUGAGGUGUUCGCCGAGUAUUGCGGCGAAGGGACCAUCGCGCCAAUGAUGAUGAUCCGUCGCGGGGACUGGAAAUACAUCACCUGCCCUGCGGACGCAGACCAGCUCUACAAUCUCUCGUCCGAUCCGAAAGAACUCGUCAACCUCGCCUCUCUCCCUCCCAAACACCCCCUGCUAACCCCGGAAGUCUCGUCAGUGCUAUCCGCCUUCGUCGCUCAAGCUAAAGCCAAGUGGGACAUGGAUGCCAUCACCGCUUCCGUUCUGCUGUCUCAGAAGCAGAGACGUUUGGUGUGGUCAGCACUCAAGACAGGUGCUUUCACCAGCUGGGACCACAAUCCGCUGGAUGACGGGCGCGAAAAGUACAUCCGCAGCCAUAUGCAUCUGGAUGACCUGGAGCUGAAGGCCCGCUACCCGCCUGUGGAUUCGCAGGGCAGGGACGUGAGCGCGACUAUGCGGGACGGCGGACGGUUUGGGGGCCUGAUCGGGCACCAGGCUGGGGCUUAUGGGCAGUAA